UAUUAUAACCAACUUUAUUCCGCUUGCUUUAUUAUCGCUCUUUUUAACAUGACCAGUAUCAGUUUCGAGGAGGCUUUCAGCCCGAGGCACUCCCCACACCCUCUCCCCGGGCGGGGGGCGGCUUCUGGCCCUCGCCCCGCCCCUUCACCCUUCCCCGGGCCUGCGCGCUGCAGCCAGCGGCAGGAGCGCGGUGCCGGGAGCGGGGCGGCGGCCGGCGGCGGCGCGGGGUCCGCCAUGAGCUUCCUCAUCGACUCCGCCAUCAUGGUCACCUCCCAGGUGCUGUUCUUUGGAUUUGGAUGGCUAUUCUUCAUGCGCAAGCUCUUCAAGGAUUACGAGGUGCGACAAUAUGUUGUGCAGGUGAUCUUCUCUGUGACUUUUGCCUUCUCUUGUACUAUGUUUGAGCUCAUCAUCUUUGAGAUUUUGGGGGUGCUGAACAGCAGCUCUCGAUAUUUUCACUGGAAGCUGAACCUGUGUGUCAUUUUGCUCAUCCUAGUCUUCAUGGUACCCUUCUACAUCGGUUACUUUGUUGUGAGCAAUAUCAGAUUAUUGCACAGACAGAAACUACUUUUUGCAUGUGUUCUAUGGUUGACAUUCAUGUAUUUCUUCUGGAAGCUGGGGGAUCCAUUUCCCAUCCUCAGCCCAAAACAUGGAAUUCUGUCUAUAGAACAGCUCAUCAGCCGCGUGGGUGUGAUUGGGGUGACACUCAUGGCCUUGCUGUCAGGAUUUGGUGCUGUCAACUGUCCAUACACUUACAUGUCCUACUUUCUCAGGAAUGUGACAGAUGCAGAUAUUCUCGCUUUGGAGCGACGACUCCUUCAGACUAUGGAUAUGAUUGUUAGCAAGAAAAAAAGGAUAGCAGUGGCUCACAGGACAAUGUUCCAGAGAGGAGAAGUGCACAACAAACCCACUGGCUUCUGGGGAAUGAUAAAAAGUGUUACAACAUCUGUCGCAGGCAGUGAAAGUUUGCCAGAUCUGUCCCUUAUCCAGCAAGAAGUGGAUGCCCUAGAAGAGCUGAGUCGGCAGCUUUUUCUGGAAACUGCUGACCUGCAUGCAACAAAGGAGAGAAUAGAGUACUCCAAAACUUUCCAGGGAAAAUAUUUUAAUUUUCUGGGUUACUUUUUCUCCAUCUACUGUGUCUGGAAAAUCUUCAUGGCAACUAUCAAUAUUGUCUUUGACCGUGUGGGGAAGACAGAUCCAGUCACAAGAGGAAUUGAGAUCACUGUAAAUUAUUUGGGAAUCCAGUUUGAUGUGAAAUUCUGGUCUCAACACAUUUCCUUUAUUCUUGUUGGAAUAAUCAUUGUCACCUCUAUCAGAGGCUUGUUAAUUACACUUACAAAGUUCUUCUAUGCCAUUUCCAGCAGCAAGUCCUCCAAUGUUAUUGUACUGCUUUUAGCACAGAUCAUGGGUAUGUAUUUUGUAUCAUCAGUGCUCCUGAUUCGGAUGAGUAUGCCUCUAGAGUAUCGCACUAUUAUAACAGAAGUCCUGGGAGAGCUCCAGUUCAACUUCUAUCAUCGUUGGUUUGAUGUUAUAUUCCUAGUUAGUGCACUAUCCAGUAUCCUCUUUCUCUACUUAGCACACAAACAAGCUCCAGAAAAGCAUAUGGCCCUCUGAGUAAGGACUGCAGUCACUCACUGCUCUUUUGUCCUUUCUGCUGGACUGCUGCAACUCCUGUGGACUGCAAAACUUGAAGAGAGCCAUGACUGUUCUGUGCAUUCAAGCAGUGUAACUGGCUCUUUGAACUUCCACAGGUCUUCAAUCAAGCCCUGUGGCUCAUUUUGUUUAGGUGCCACAGCCUGAAGGAAAGGGAAUGCACAACUGAAUGUGAGAUAAUUCAUUGCCGAGGAAUAAAGGGAAUCCAUGGUACACCAGUAUCUAGGGGGAUCAGAAAUUACAUAAUAGGCUGUCUGAUAUAAGACCUCUUGGUUUUAGAAGAACAUCUUCAUAGAAGGCAUCAAGGAAAUGUGAUUUUUCUUUUUGAAAAGCAACUCAUAAUUGGGAUUCAGAGGAUGAUAAUUCCUGAACUGGUUGUGGGUGUCUGUGGAAUUAAAUAAGCUUUUGUAAUAUCUCA